AAAUAUUCUCAUAUUAUUAAGGAACACCCUGUAUAUCAGUCGCUUACCCAAACAUACCUGUCCUGAUUUUUUGCUGAUAAGGAUAACGUUGCUAGAGAAUAUUAUAAAAAGUCAUUACAUACCAUUAUUAUUAAUCUGCUAUAGGAAUAAUCAGCAGAGUAUGUAGAAUAACCUGACCUGUAUCGAACAAAGCUUAUAAGUGAUGUGAUAUUAUGAACAAAAUUGAAAUGACUUACACAGUACUGUGCAGUGAGUUAUCGCGAUAACAUGGAUAUACUAUCUGAAAUACAGGCAACGCAUACACUCAGUAGUCGUUAGAAGAUGACAACCCUCGAGUGCAAUACUUCACCAUACGGGUAGCGUAUGAAGGAAGUUGAAAUAACAGAAGACAGAAACCAUAUUUAGGUCCAUAAAACAUUUAAACUACUGUCUGCACAAAAUAUGAAAUUAAAUGAACGAAUAACAAAUGGAUAACUGAAAAAAUAAUCCCACAUGUACAGAAAAUGCAUAUACCUAGCUCUCGUUUCAUUAUCCAAUAAAAUUUUUUUUGAAGAUAUUAAGCAGUUUUUGCUUUCUAUUUUUGAAAACGAAACCGUGUUAGUGAUAUAGUUAUGGACCUAAGUUAUUCUAUCACAAGCUUAAUAUUUAAAAAUUGUAGAGUGAGGUUUGCAAUGUGGGAUUCGACAAACUAAGUCAAUACACUUUGAUAAUGGGUCCAGUUCAGAUUCGGAGUCAGACAAAUCGGUUGCCUUAGAUGAGAGGUACUACCAAAACCAGCCACCUGCACAUAAUUACGAGUCCAUAAAGAAAAACAUCGUGAAAGUCAGCCAGAAUUCAAAUGAUUCCCGAAGAAACAGGAUAGAUCAUAAUAAAGUAGCCAAAGUAUACACUAAUAAAACAUACAGAAGAAGGAACGAGAAAUGGGGCUUUGAUGCGAAUACUACUAGACAUGAACGUAGAAACCUCCCUGCAAGUUCUACGUCAAGCAGAAAUCAUCAAAAUUACAACGGCGUUGCAGAUUCUUCUGCGUCAAACACAUAUAAUGGCAGAAAUACAUAUCAGGUACCUGCUUUUGAUCGAAGUGUUCCAGGAUCGCACUACGGGCCUAUUCGCAGUAUUUUUUUUCCUGAAACCCAGGCUAGUAGUUUGGCAAGCUAUACGGAUACAUUCACCAGCAACCUUACGGCAGCAAAUAUUCCUGACCUAAGGAAGGUUCCCAUCACAGGGCUUCCUCAGAGUAGAUUGAAUGCCAAUCAUCUGGAACAAAAACAUCAAAAUGUUAGCACUCCUGGUUUUUCUUAUAUGUCAAGCUCAUCUACAAAUGCUGUAAAUCCAUUUCCACCAAAACGUGACAAAACUUCAUAUAUACACGAUAAGACUUUAUCUGACAGAACCACACACCUAAUGCCUGCUAUACCUGUUCGUACCCAAAGUAACCGUAGUAAUAAAUCCAGCAACAAUUAUCCACAGACAAAGAACUAUGUAUCUAAAAAUCCGUUUAGUAUGGAACCAACAAACACCACUGGCUCUUCUAAAGUCUCGGAAGAAAGUUUAAUGCAAGAUGCUAAACUUCCAAUUUCUCCUUCUUAUCCUAAUAGACAGAUAUUAUCUGCUGAUCAGUUGCUUAAUGAUCAUCGACAGAGAAAUGUUGUUCCAAAUCAGACAACAAGGAGCAUUGAUAGUACCCGAACACUAGAUUCAGUUAAGAACAGCACCAAAUAUCCCAUUGAAGGUGUUGUUAGACGUUUCAGUGAUGACUUCUCAGAUUUUUUUAACGAUCAUGACAUAAAAUUGGCUGUCGAGGAUAAAACUUCCAACACGCCUCCCAAUACACCAGCAAAAGGUACGGGUUAUCACAUAUUUGGAAGGAACACUAUACAAGAGGUCAAAGAGCAAAGAAGACCAAGAAAGAACCCUCCUACACCUUUAGCUAGACCCCAUGGUCAAGUCAUGGAACCAUCCUCACAAACACAGGUAAACCAUUUUGAAGAGGAAGAGGCACCAACGGCGUUUUCGAGAUAUCUCGGAUCAAGAUUCGCAGAAAAUGAGAUUCCAUCUGAAGUAGGCAAGGAAAAUGGCAACGAAGAGUCUGCAGAUGUUGUUGAGGAUGAAGCUGAAUGUAUGAAUGUAGCUGAGAGAUUCAAGGCAUGGUUUUGUGAAGUAUUUUGCUGUGACUAUGCUAGCUAAACAUGUAGAGACCAAGCGGCAGAAGAAACAAUCCACAUCACAGAACAUCAUCCGCGGCGUCUUCUGCUGGUGUUAGAUACCCAACGGAUGUGGCUACGAAUGGAAAAAACUCGGUGCACUGGUGGACUUUGAAUAUGGCAUACCCAGGAUGCGGGUUAUAGUCGAUAUUGCAGACAUGCAUACUUUAUACCACAUGGUAGAUAUAUAUUUCAAUAUUUUGAAGACUGUUCUUUAUUUUUGUGUUCGUAAAGUGAUUGAGAUCAACUAGCCAAAGCACAAGGAUCCUCGAACACGGCCUACUUUGACUCUGAAAGAUGCAAGUACAACUAGUCUUGGUCUUAUCCGACAUCGCCUGAUGGGAGUGUAUGGGUGCAAUAUAUGACGCUUAACCAAUUCCAAACUAUACGUACCAGACAGGUCUGCAAAAUGAGUGUUUUUAAAGACUCUAUAUGAACAUGGACAUCACAGUUUUUGUUUCAGUAGUGUUUCAUUUGUCCACUUUCUAUGUGUUCAUUAAUUUAUAUACUUUCUCUAUUGUUUUAUACGCUUUCUGUUUUUAUUAUUAUUAAAUUACAUAGGUCUUGACAGUGUAUCCCUUUCAUUUUUCGAGAGUUACC